AACGACCGUUAGCAACCGGCCGGGCGACUGUUUCCUGGCAGCUGCGGCUCCCCGCCAGCUGCUCCAUUCCAAUCCACCACCUGGGCGGGCCAGGCCGGCCGGGGGAAGGGCCGAAGGGGACCCGGUGUGUCCCCAAGGCGGCAGCAAGAGGACUGAGCAUGGAUGGCACCCGGAGAGUCAGAGCAACCCCUGUCCUGCCCAGAUGUGGUCCACCAUGCCUAUUUAAAGGACACUUGAGCACCAAAAGUAAUGCUUUUUGCACUGACUCCUCUUCUCUCAGACUAACCACUCUCCAGCUGAUCAAGAACCACAUGGCUGUUCACUAUAAUAAAAUCCUUUCAGCCAAAGCUGCUGUUGACUGCUCAAUUCCAGUAAGCUUGUGUGCCAGCAUCAAAUAUACAGACCAACAACGGAGAGAAAAGCUCAAAAAGGAAUUAGCACGAUGUGAAAGAGAGUUUAAAUUAAGUAAAUCUUCAAUUCAGGCCAAUUCUAAAAAUAAUUUCAAGUCAUUUUUUAACACUCUCCAAAAGCCUUCAGGGGAACCACAGAACCAGGACGCACUGAUAGAAGAAGCGAAUGGAUUUACAUCCUUUGCAGGGGCUCUUCUGCCUUCCUCAGAGACACAGCUGAGUCUGCCCAAAUGUAAUAAAGUUCUCACACAUGGGACUGCGAAGAACUGCGGUUCCUCGCCUUUCCACAUGGACUGUGCAACCUCUGAUCCCAGAAACUCGGGCCCUGGAAUGUAUGGUAGGAAGCCCAGGAGCACAUUCCCGAAUUCCCACCGGUUUCAGUUAGCACCCAGCGGGGACCUUUUGGAAAAACACUCUGACUUCUUUUCUAACAAACAAUUGCCAUUCACUCCACGCACUUUAAAAACAGAAGCAAAAUCUUUCCUGUCACAGUAUCGAUAUUAUACACCUGCCAAAAGAAGAAAGGAUUUUACAGAUCCACAGAUAGAACCUGAAACCCAGACUGAAUUAAGCAGUUUUAAUUCUGAUUUGGGAACAUCUGAGAUUAAGAAAUUGACAGAUUCAGAAGUGAACACGAAGCAGGUGUCUAAUUAUAUGACAUAUGGGACCAAAGAAAAAAUAACCCCUUUGCCUUUACAAGGAGAUGGCUUGACAUGGGAUGCAAUUAAAGAUGGCACUCUGCAGCAUCCCUCACAAAGAACAGUAUGCCAGUAUUCUGUGAAGCUUCCUUCAGAGAAUAAAAUCUACUCCAAUGAAGAAGAACUAUUGUAUUUGAGCUUCAUUCAAGAUGUAACAAACGAAAUUUUGAAACUUGGUUUAUUUUCCAGCAGGUUUUUAGAACGACUGUUCGAGCGACAUAUAAAACAAAAUACACAUCGUUUGAAAGAGGAAAAAAUGCGCCACCUGCUGCAUGGCCUAAAAAUAGACUUAGGGUGCACAUCUGAGGAAAACUCGGUAAAGCCACAGGACGUCAAGAUGUUGAAUUCAUUUGAAUUUGAAAAGGCCAUGAAUUCAGAACAAAAUGGACUUAGAAAUGCACAGGACAUAGCAAUUCAACAGGAACAUCAGCAAUACCAAAAUGCUUUGGAUAUGUUACUGUCUGCACCAAAGGAUGAAAAUGAGAUGCCUUCACAAGGUGAAUUUUUCAUGCCCGUCUAUAAAUCCAAGUAUUCAGCAGGGGUUAUAAUUCAGCAGGUGAAUGAUGAACCAAAUCUUGAACCUUCAACUUGGGAUGAAAAUAAUCCACGUAUUUUAGACAGCUUAAGAGACCAUGAGACCUCCAUGAACAUCAUUGAAGGUGACAGUGACACUGAAAAGGGUGAGGCGUCCAAUGAGUUGAGUUGUUAUAGCACAUCACUGUCCCAGUCUGUUCAGCUUUAUGAUGAUAAUAAUCAUGACAAGGAAUUACCAAGUCUUAAAAUCAUGGAAACGAGCAUUGAAGACGACUGCCCUUUGGAUAUUUGAUCAUCAUUAAUAAAUACACCACCUGGCCGAGUAACAAUACUACUUCUCUUCAUUUUUUUCUUUUACACAGUAAAAUUUCUGUACUAAUUUUCUAUGCUGCAUAAUAAAUUGCCAUAAACUUAGCAGUUCCAAAUGUCACCCAUUUAUUAUUUACCCCAGUCUCUGAGGAUCAGGAGUGUGAGUACUGUAGUUGGGUCCUCUGCUGUGGGUCUCAGAGGGUGACAAGGCAGCAGCACUUGGGACUGUGGUCUCACAUGGAGGCUUCACUCGGGAGAAUCCACUUCCAGACUCUGCAGUUCUUGGCAGAAUUUCUCUUGCAGCUGUAUAUCUUAGGGCUUCAUUUUCUUGCCAGCCAGUGGCCAAAGGCUGUGCAGUUCCCUGCCACUUGGGUCUCUUCCUUGAGCAGGUUACGUGCCUGCUUGCUUUUUUUUCAAGCCUGAUAGGAAACCCAGAGAUUCUGCUAACAAAUGGAGUCUUAGAUAACUGGAUGUAUCAUAGGAUUGACUUUCUGUCACUUUUGCCGUAUUCUGGUUAGAAGCAAGUCACAGGUCUCUCCCAGGUAGGGAAGGUAGGUUGUGCAUGCCUUGUAUAACAUGUUGGGAUCAUUGGGGUCACCUAAGGAUCUGUUGGCCACAAUUUCUAAAAUUGCGUGUCAGAAUAAUAUAUUUUAUCCAGUCAUAAGUGGUUCUGUAGGUAAUGAGAAAUGGUGGCUGGUGCACUCAUGAAAUCCCAGCAACUGGGAGGAUCACCAUGAGUUCAAGGCCACGUGCUACAUAGUGUGUUCGAGGCCAGCCUGGUGUACAUAGAGCCUGUUCUCAAAGAAAAAGGAGGGCCAGGGAUUUAGCUCAGUGGUUCCACGGCCUGCCUCACAAGCGCAAGGAACCAAGUUUGAUCUCCGGUACCAAAAAAGAAAAAGGAAAAGGAGAAAUGGUGUAUGAUCUGGUGUGGGUCUUGAAACAUUACACUUUGUCUUACAGCAUCUCUAAUUUCUUUUUGCUCACUUUCCUAUGUAUCAUAAGGCUCAGAGAUCUUUGUAAUGAUCAGUGAGCUAGGGCAGUCUGUCACCUCCAAAAAUGUUCUCUUCUUGUCGGUGCAAACAUUCUAUCAGACCUGUUGUUGGACAAAGUAUGCUUUUCAUACUUUUUAUUGGUCUCACUCACCCUGCAGAGCAUGCUUCUUUUCUGCCCUUUAAUAAACAAAACCCUGCUACCUUU